AUCUGUACAUGUUUAUCAAAUGUAUCAAAGAUCAUCAAUUCGAAUUAAACGUCGUUUCCUUAUACAACUAUGUAUUAAAUUUAAGUAGUGGGAGUAAAAAGUUCAAUUAACAGAGAAUGCUUCACUAUGAUUGGCUAUUAAUCGUGAUUCUCUUAUUUUAUCCGAGUAUGGUUGACCUUGAGAAUUGAGGGUCACGUCAGGUCACAAAGAAACAUGGUGAAGCAUCUAUACACUGUCAUCAGUAUCUUUAGUUACUCAGACCAAUUAAAAAGCUACUUGAUGAUGUAAGUGAGUGGUAACAAUAAAUCGAGGUUUCUAUAAUGUGCUGUUGAAUAUUUGUAGAAAAUUUAAUAUUUCUACCGAUUUAAUUUGAAGACGGUCAUGACGACGAACAUGAAGUGGGUGAUUUUCGGUAUCGCAUUAACAAUAUAUAAUUGUAUAGGCCAGGAUAUUCUAUUUCCUGACGACAAACAGAUACCUCACACUGUCAGCGUGGAUGGUACGACGUCAACGACAACGAAGCCUCCGUUGUCAUCAGACGGAUGUCCCGAUGGUAUGCAAAAUUACGGAAAUGCAACUGACAAAAUUUGCGAUUGUAAACCGAAAUUUUUUCAUUUCCCGAUGGACGAUAAAUGCUAUGAAGUUUAUUUUCAAGGACCCUGUAAACAGGGAGAAUACGUGUUUCCUAACGAUGAGCUUAUACCGCAUUGUGUGAAAAACCCUUGCUCGACAAACGGUUUGGUAAUGUACAACGACAGCUGCUAUACUUUAAACAAAGUGGGACAUCCUUGCAACUCCUCGGAAACCUUGAGCGUGAAUGAAACUACAUUACAAGUCGAAUGCUUGGACACAGAACUCGCGGUGUUUAUGUUAAUCACAGUACCCCCGAGAAAAUGCCCUGCAGGAAGCCGCAGAAAUUCUGUUGGAAUAUGUAAAGAAAUAGCUUGAACGAACAAAUGGGUCAUUGGAUUCUGAACUCGCUUUGCACACAUUCUCUCAUUAUAUCCCUAAUGCUUUCUAUGGUUGGACUUGAUACUUUCCAUCUGUGCAUACGAAGUGGGUCCGGAAUCUCUUGAAUCAUCCGCAGACUUUUUUCCAUAAACGAAUUAUGUUCGUAUAAGAAGGCAUUUGGAUUUCUCUUUGCACGGAACGCCCAAUAUAUUACGAGAGUAUAACACAUAAUUAUAAAAUAUAUUUUGUACUAUCCUUAAGUAUGCUUCUUAUAACACGAAAUUGUUAAAAUACUU